AUGGAUGACGGCCGUAGACCUCCCUUAUUACGACCGACUGAAGGGCGCUCGGGCACCCCCCUACUCUACAAACAUCGAGAGCAUCGCGACCGCCAUCCCGACGACGACGACGACGACGAGAACGAGAACGACAUCAUCGAGCGCGGCCGCAAGCCCUUCCACUACGGCGGCAGUCCUCAAGCCUCUGCUGUCCCCGUCCCGACGACGACGGCCAUGGCCCACAGCACGCCCACGACGCCCGCCUUCUCGCGGCAGCGCACCAUGCGCUCAUGCUCGCCCACUACCAACGCGCGUCUCGCUGCCCGGAAGAAGUACACCUAUGCCGCCUUCUUCCUCGUCCUCUCGCUCGUCUCCUUCACCGUCCAGACCGAGCUUGCAAAGUACGUGUCGCAGGAUCUGGGAUGGGACAAGGCGUACUGCAUGCUGUACCUGACCCACGGCUCGUGGUCACUCCUGUGGCCAGUCCAGCUGUUGAUCCUCCGUCUACAAAAGCGAGACAUGCCGUGGGAGGUCUUUUGGCGCCGGCAUGUCUGGGUGCUCCGUACAACCGCCCAGAUGGUUGAGAGACAAGACCUCGACAUCCCUCGUGCAUACCAGCACAAGUCUCCGGCGCCGUACAUGGUCCGCACCACGGCCUUUGUCACCUCUGCGCUAACGGUGGCCGGCCUCAGCUGGUACGUUGCCGUGAACAUGACGACGCCUAGCGACCUUACAGCCAUCUACAAUUGCAGCGCCUUCUUUGCGUACGCCUUCUCCGUGCCCUUGCUGAAGGAGCGCUUGCGCUUCGACAAGUGCUUCGCCGUGGUCAUUGCCAUUGUGGGCGUGCUAGUGGUAGCCUAUGGAGACAGCAAAUCGACGACGCCGCUGCCGCCGCCUGGAGACGGGAAGGCUCCUGCGGAAGGGAUAGAAGCCGACGCGUUUCUAGCGAGCCCGCAUGCCGCCGCAACAGCAGGAGAAGAGGCGGGGAACAGAUUUCUGGGCAACUUGAUAAUCGGGGCUGGCUCGGUCUUGUACGGCCUAUACGAGGUGCUAUACAAACGUUAUGCGUGUCCUCCGGAGGGAACGAGCGCGGGACGUGGCAUGAUCUUCGCCAAUGCCUUUGGUAGCCUCAUUGGCCUGUUCACGCUUUUGGUGCUGUGGCUUCCACUUCCCCUCCUACACAUCACUGGCAUCGAGGUCUUCGAGUUGCCAACAGGCUCGGCGGCCUGGUAUCUUUUCUUGAGCGUCAUCAUGAAUGCCACCUUUGCAGGCAGCUUCCUGGUCCUGAUCAGCUUGACCAGCCCCGUGCUGAGCAGUGUAGCGGCGCUGUUGACCAUUUUCAUUGUGGCAAUUUCCGAUUGGAUUCUGACUGGCGCGCCGCCAAGCGCGGCCGCCAUGCUUGGUGGGUUCAUGAUCAUUGCGGCGUUUGGAAUGUUGAGCUGGAGCACGUGGAAAGAGAUGGCCGAAGAGGAGAGGCGGAAAGAGAUAGACCUGAGUGACAGCGGAGAUGAUGGCUCAAGCAGUCAAGAUGAGGACUGA